AUGAGUUGGGAUCCGGACCACGACCGUCCCUGUGAUAAAAUAGAGAUCAACGAAGCCGUGGGCAAACUGCUUAGGAACUUCAACUAUGACAACAUUGUGCCUCAACCUUCCAGAGGUGGAGGUUGCCCUCGACGGACACAUGUAAAGCGUCCCAUGAAUGCGUUCAUGGUAUUUGCACAAGCGAUGCGCAGGCGCCUGUCUGAACAACGGCCAGCACUACACAACGCUGAGCUCAGCAAAUCACUGGGCACCAUGUGGAAGGGCUUAAGUGAAGAACAAAAGCUUCCAUUCAUCAAGGAAGCUGACAAACUAAGAACACAACACAAGCGCGAGUACCCGGACUAUAAGUACCAGCCGAGGCGUCGGAAGCCACCCCCUACCACGAGUACAAGACUGAAAAGGGAACCGUCCCCGAAUAGAGACCAGAUCGACUUUUCCGGUAUGCCGGAAUUAUCGCCGGCACUGUUACCGGACGGCCCGCCUGAAAGCGGGGAAUUGGACCAAUACUUGAAGUCAUCGCCGAUCGCAGAUUACCAUGAACUUCAACCGCGGUACACGCAUAGUCUGGCACAUCACCCACCGCCUCCCUUAUACGCUCCUGUUCCAUCUCAUCUCCAUCCAUCUUGUACCGACUGGCAACACUACCCUGGACAUCCUUAA